UCGUGAUAGCCUCCACCGUAAGAUCAAGUUACACGCGGCCUGUUGCCACGUCUGCUUCCAUCGCUACUUCUCAAGCAGGCCUAGCCGAGAAGCUUUUGGCUAUGGCGUCGAGCGACGAUGCGCCCGCUGGUUCUCCUUCUGCCCCUCCCCUCGCUCUGUCGCCUGGCGAUCACGUCUCAAAAGUUUGUUUUUCCCCAUCUACCCCAGAUGGUGUUCGCCGCGCCCCGGCCGCCGCCGCCUCCGCCGCCGCCGACGCGGACGAUUCCUCAAAGCACUGGAAUGCUGUGGCAGGGUGCUAUGACGCGCUGUCGGCGUCAGCGUUCUUUGCGCAGACGGCGCUGGAUCAUUUGAGCGGGGAUGUGGAGAAGAUCGUUGCCACGUGUCGCCGAUUACCCAUGAUGGUUGACGUGGCAGCUGGCACAGGCGGGUGCACAAUCCAGGCCGCCACGCGAUUCCCUCAGGCCAAGAUCCUGGCGACGGACGUGUCAGACUCCAUGCUUGGGGUAUUGAGGAGGAAGAUCGACGAAAACGGAGUCUCGAACGUAGAUGUGAAGAUCAUGGACGGCCAGGAUCUGCCGGAGAUCGAGGAUAAUACCGUCGACGUGCUGACUUGUGUAUUCGGCAUCAUGUACUUCGCUGAUCGCUCGCGCGGUUGGCGGGCAAUUCACCGCGUGCUGAAACCAGGCGGUCGAGCGGCGGUAGUGACGUGGAAGUCUCCAGGGCGGCACGUUCUCCUCGACGAAGCCCUGGCCAAGCUGGAGGGCGAAAAGAAGGAGAUGGAGAGGGAGAAGGGGAGGCAGGAGGAACAGGAGGAGGAGGAGGAGGAGGAGGAGGAGGAGGAGGAGGUGGUAGAGAACGACGACAGGGGAGGAGGAGAAUGCCCGGGCCCGGGGCAAUCCGAAGGAGGAGGGAGGGUUGGGCAGCGAGGAGGAGGAGGAGGUUGCGACUCAGAAGAAGAAAAACGACUGGCCAUCGAAGUUGCCGAGGGGAGAGGCAAAAAGCAAUUAGUGUUGACGAAGCGGGAAAAUACUGCGAUCGGCACCCUCAGGAGCUUGAAGAUGGCCCUGCCAUCUCCGUCCGCCAUAGCCAGCGACCUCGGAUCUUCCGGCUGUCGAUUUUCAGCUGUCGAGUACUUCCCUACCUCUCACGUCUGGGAGGGUAUAGCCGAGGAAGAGGUUGGGAGGACGGUGGAGAUCUGGGGGCGGACGGCCGACUUCGAUCAGACCGUUCGCCGGAGAGACAGGCAAUUAGUGUUGACGAAGCUGGAAGAAGUAAUGAGAAGCAGAGUAAACCACAAGGGCAGGGUUGCUGUUCCUUGCCAGGCCAUUAUAACGAUUCUAACCAAGUAGAUUUUUUUUUUUUUUUUUUUUUUUUUUUUUUUUUGGGAAAGCCAAGUAGAAAAUGACAUCCCCUCGUUUCUUUUUUUUUUUUUUCUCUCUUUUUUUUCUCUGUUUGUUUGUUUGUUUGUUCCUUUUCAGCGGGAAAGGACACCGCUCACCUCGUUAGUUAUCUUAUUACAGGGCAUAUUAUAUUCACACUAGGGGCCGUUUUGUACUUAUCCUCUGGACAUGCUUCCGGUCAGAUUCGUCCAACUCGGCCCUUAGUUAUGGAUAGAUACAUUUAUGAAACAGCUACUGUGAGUGAGUAUGCCCUUUAGUAAAUGCGCCUGGCUCCA